AUGACUAAAGUCUCCAAGGAACUGUUCGAUAAGGCCCAGGAUGCUGGUGAACACGCAAAACCCAGUAAAGAUGAAACAAGUAUCAGGAACCCCGCCCCUUCAGAAAACCCGUCAUAUACGGUCUUCACCUUGUCCGACUUGAGGCGAUUGAGAUUAAUUCUUGGUUUGGGAACAAUCACAUCCCCUCUCACCGCAACCAUAUACCUCCCACUGCUACCACUGUUACGACAUCAAUUCAGUGUUUCUGCUCAGGCUAUCAACCUUACCCUGACAUUGUACAUCAUCUUCCAAGCGAUCUCUCCGGUAAUAUUUGGUCCCUUUUCAGAUGCGUAUGGGAGAAGACCCAUAUUCCUUCUCACACUGGGCCUUUACGUGCUUGGGAACAUCGGUCUAGCAGCGAACAAGGAUAACUACGCGGUGCUGUUGGUGCUUCGAGCUGUACAAAGCUUAGGCGCGAGUGCGGCUUACGCAAUAAGUUUCGGCGUGGUUGCUGAUGUAUGCAAGCCAAGUGAAAAAGGCCGGAUGUUAGGUCCGAUCAGCAUGGCACUUAACCUUGGAGCUUGUGUUGGUCCCGUGGCUGGUGGUAUCGUUGCCUAUGCCAAUAAUAACCAUAUCUGGGUAUUUUGGUCCCUGGUCAUUGUCGGUAGUGUUUUGUUUCUCGGUGUAGGUCUCUUGUUGCCUGAGACUUCGAAGAGGCUCGUAGGCAAUGGUGGCGAUCCGGCUCGGUUCAAAUGGUGGCAACUCAGUUGGAUGCAACUUAUACUCAGAGACGCAAUCAGUAAAAGCUCAGAUGCUAGCAAGUCUCCAUCAUGUGGAUCAGAGACUGUAGCUAGAGAACCUGCUCACAAAGUUGCUAUAACGAAUCUACUUGGGUGCUUCCGAAUGAUCUUUUACCCAGACUCAUUCUUGAGUCUAUGGAUACAUGGCUCAUUUUACACUGUUGACUACUCAUUCGGGGCGGCUUUACCAGAUAUCUUCAAGGACAUAUAUGGAUUUAAUGAGUGGCAGUUGGGGCUUGCGUAUUUGCCUCGCGGAGUUGGGAUUAUCACUGGGAGCUAUGUCACUGGAAAGCUGAUGGAUAGAAAUUACGCAAAGACACUACGCGAGCUAGGUUGGACAACGGACAGGGUCACUCCUGAUGAAUUAGUCCAUUUUCCGAUUGAGAAGGCAAGGACUCGGAACACCUAUCCCUUCCUAUUCAUUUCUGCUGGAACUAUCAUCGGUUACGGAUGGGCAGUGACCCAAUCAGCCCAUCCAGCCGUGGCACUGGUUCUGCAGUUUAUCCAAGGAUUUUGGGGAACCUACUUCUAUACAACAUAUAGUACUCUGAUGGUAGAUACCUAUCCCCAAAGUCCUAGCACUGCGGCCGCAGCUACCAGUGUCACACGCUGCGCAAUGGCCGCUGCUGGGGUGGCCAUACUGCAGCCGCUUCUAAAUGUCGCGGGACGGGGAUGGUAUUUCACUGCUCUCGGGCUUUGGAGUGGCCUUUUUGGAACAGUCGCGGUUUCCCUUCUUCGGUGGAAAGGCUCGGUUUGGAGGAGUAGAAGAAACCGCCCGACUACAGAAGUGCAGGCGACUAGACAAGAUUAA